CGCUGACGCAGCGCAGAGCCAAAACGCGGUCGCGAAGCCGGGUUCGCCGCGCAGCCAUGGGCGCUCCUGGCGGAAAGAUCAACCGGCCCAGAACGGAGCUGAAGAAGAAGCUGUUCAAGCGACGGCGGGUGUUGAACCGGCAGAGGCGACUGAAGCACCGGGUGAUCGGGGCCGUGAUAGACGAAGGGCUGAUCACGCGGCACCACCUGAAGAAGCGGGCGUCCAGUGCACGUGCCAACAUUACUCUCUCUGGGAAGAAGCGCAGAAAGCUCCUUCAGCAGAUCCGGCUGGCCCAGAAAGAGAAAGCAGCCAUGGAAGUGGAAGCCCCCACAAGGUCAGCCAGGACUAGUGAACCACAGCCCAAGCGGCUAAAGAAGACAAAAGCCCCCCAGGAUGUAGACAUGGAGGACCUUGAAGAUAAGAGCUGAAUCUCUCACCCCUUCCACCAGAAGAUUCUCGGCUGGAGCCAGAAGGAUUCUGGUUGUUUCAGAGGACUUUGGAAAAAGCAUUGCCCCUUUUCAUUCUCCUCAGAUGGCCUAGUGACCUGCCCCAGAGGGAUGUGUUGAGAGAAAGAGGGCAGAGAAGAAAGACUGGAGAAUGGGGCUCCCUCGCAGUCCGCUCCACUUGUAAUAAAGCCCUAGAGUUCUCACUGA